UAUUUUCACGAAAAACCUGAAGUUUGAACGAAAUGUUUCAGAGUAAUGGAAUAAUGGUUUGGUCCCACACCCCUUCAGCCAUAAAUUGUGGUACAGUCGACAUGCGCGGCGCGAAACUUUUGUAACAACAAUGGCGUCUACUGCAGGUCGCCGAGGGAGGAAGCGCAAAGCGGAGGUUCAGGCAGAGGAGGAGAAACCAUCUGUGGAGGAGAAGAAGGACGGAGGAGAAGAGGAGGAGGAGAACGGCCAGGAGGGCCAAAGGGUGGUCAUUGAACACUGUAAGAGCUGACGAGUGUAUGGGCGUAAUGCUCAGGAGGUGAAAACUGCCCUCCUGGCUGCCCACCCUGAACUGAAUGUGGUCCUCAACCCCAAGGCGCCCCGCAGGAACAGCUUCGAGAUCAUUCUGCUGGAUGGAGGCAAAGAAACCUCGCUGUGGACUGGAAUUAAGAAGGGUCCGCCUCGUAAGCUUAAGUUUCCGCAACCUGAUGUCGUAGUCGCUGCUCUACAGGAGGCUCUGAAGGCGGAGUAGACACCCAGUGAAGCCAAGAGUUAAGGAGAUGUGGCCUGUGGAAGCAGAAUGAUGAGGAGAGACCAAUGGGAUGUUCUCAGUCCCUCCUUUGAUGAUCCAGGCUCCAUCUGUUCACAUCUUCUGGGCACAUGGUGACACCUAGUGGAGAGUCUCUGCGCCAGUACAUUUUCUCACAUGCUGUCAGGCUGUUUUUAAUUGUUCCGUCCCAUUUCUCAACAGUUAAUUGUGCUUUUAUAUCUUUAUUUUUUUUCGUAAAUAAAGUGUUACUUGUUUUUGUAA